AUGGAGCAAUUGCGUCGGCAGUGCCCGAACGCCUUCUUGGUGCUCGUGGUCGCAGUGGCCCUGGCGCUCUGGGCCCACCACGUGCUGGUGGUGUGGGUGGGGCUGGGGGCGCAGGGCGUGGGGCGGGCGGCCUUCCUGACGGUGUUCAGCCUGGCCUUCGCGAUGACCCUCUGGAGCCUGUGGGCCAGCUCGUGCGGGGAUCCGGGCCGCGUGCCGUUCAAGUGGGGUCAGGUGUUCAAGCCCGAGCGCUGCCACCACUGCUCGACCUGCGGCCGCUGCGUGCUCAACAUGGACCACCACUGCCCCUGGAUCAACAACUGCAUCGGCUUCCACAACCGCAAGCCCUUCAUCCUCAUGCUCUUCUACGGCGUGCUCACUCUCCUGCUCGCCCUCGUCGGCGUGCUGAUCAACAUCCCCGCCAUCGCCCGCCGCGUCGACGAGCAGCCGCCCGGACUGGCUGCCCUCAUGGUCCUGCUGGCCGCGGGCUGCCUGCUCGAGCUGGUCGUCCUGGCCAUGAUCGGCGCCUUCUUCAAGUUCCACCUGGGACUGCUCUUCGGCAACCUCACCACCAUCGAGAUGCUCGAGCAGCAGCGCAGCAAGGGCGACUCGCCCUCCAGCGACUACGACAUCGGCAGCCUCUACAACUUCCAGCAGGUGUUCGGCCGUAACAAGCUCUACUGGCCCCUGCCGAUCUUCCCCGAGGACGACGGCCCUGUGGGCGACGGCGUGCUCUGGCCCAAGUUCAAAUGA